AUGUUUAAACUUACAUUACAUUUGAGAGCUGAAACACAAAAGGCGCACGACUCUCCAACCACUUUGAUUCCAUCUCCUCAAUUUCAAUAGACCCAACUCAUUUCUCAAUUUUCUAGUGUACGUGUUUUCAGUCUAGCGAUUCUUCAACUAUCAUCACCGAUACAACACGCACAAAUGGAUGAGAAUCCAACUAAAACAAAUCAAUCUGCACAUCUCGCUCUUGAUAUUGGAGGCACUCUCAUCAAGAUGGUAUAUCUCUCUAGUGAUGAUAAUUGUUCGCCUGAUAGUCAAGUAAAGGUGUCCCAGGAGGAAAGCAAUGAGAUAUCUGACGGUCUCAUGAAAUGCCAUACUGGAAAGGGCACGCUGCAUUUUCUUAAGUUUGAGACCAGCAAGAUUGAUGAUUGCUUGGAGUUCAUUUCGUCCAAUCAGCUUUGUAGCCAUGGUGAUCUACCAGACAAAAAACAGCCUUCUGCACAUGAUAGAAAGCUUAUCAAGGCCACAGGUGGUGGGGCAUUUAAGUUUGCUGAUUUAUUUAUGGAAAGGCUUGGCAUUACACUCGACAAGGUAGACGAAAUGGAUUGCCUUGUUGCUGGUGCUAAUUCUCUUCUUAAGGCAAAUAAUCAAGAAGCUUUUACAUACAUGAAUGGCCAUAAGGAGUAUCUGCAGAUUGACCACAAUGAUAUGUAUCCAUAUCUACUUGUUAAUAUUGGGUCUGGCGUUAGCAUGAUAAAGGUUGAAGGAGAUGAAAAAUUUGAGCGAGUUAGUGGAACUAGUGUUGGUGGUGGCACCUUUUGGGGUUUGGGGAAGCUUUUGACAAAUUGCAAAAGUUUUGAUGAGUUGCUGAAGCUGAGUCAUGUGGGAAAUAAUAGAGUGAUUGACAUGCUUGUUGGAGACAUAUAUGGUGGCCUCGACUACUCAAAGAUAGGCCUUUCAUCCACAACUAUUGCCUCUAGUUUUGGCAAGGCGAUUUCUGAAAAUAAAGAACUUGAAGACUACAAACCUGAAGAUAUGGCUCGAUCACUCUUACGAAUGAUUUCAAAUAAUAUUGGACAGAUCUCAUACUUAAAUGCUCUUCGGUUUGGUCUCAAGCGGAUUUUCUUUGGAGGAUUCUUUAUUCGUGGUCAUGAAUUUACUAUGGAUACAAUAUCCGUGGCAGUUGAUUUUUGGUCAAAAGGUGAGGCCAAAGCAAUGUUCUUGCGGCAUGAGGGAUUUCUUGGAGCCUUGGGAGCAUACACGAGCUACCAGAAGGAAGGUUCGGGUGAAUCAAUGUCUCAUCAGUUAGUUGAGCAGCUCUCAAAUGGUGUACAGUGUACUGGAGAAAAUCAACGCCUACUUCCUGCAGAGAUAAAAUCACAAGGAAAGUAGAAUACAUAUAGUAACUAAAAUUUUACUCGUCUGAAGAUAGCAUCUGCCAAUCAAGCAUGGUUUGAGGUUCGUGGGUUUUAUAAUUGAUUGAAAGUAAUCAUCUGCAUAACCCAACCCACUAGGUAUGGAGAAUUCAGAUGCAAUUAAAGGAAAAGUACGACUGUACAAACUGUUAUACGGUACAUGACUGAUACUGUACCUGCACAUUUGUUCUUCCACAUUGUUACAGAAUGUAGAAGUCUAAGGUAAAACACUGUAAUUUCAUCUUCUAGGCUCUAGCCAUGUACCUAUUGAUGAUAUGAGUAUAUUGCAAGAAGUGAAAGAUAUGUAGCAGCCAUCAUCUUGUUUUUUCCAAGUCUGUUCCAGCCAUGUUUUGGCAUUCCAGUUGGUGAGAAGUUUGGGAAUUACACUAGUGCUUUGCUACCCCCCUUGGACUUUGCUUACUGCAUCAAUUGAAUUGUAUGUAGAUCAUGUCAUUAUACCUUC